CGUCUUCACACUGCGAUUGUUACCUUUUCGUCAAAUUAACUUUUUGAGGAUCUUUUGCUAACCUGGCCAUGGGAGAGUAUAGAAUCAGUAGAAAUUUUGCUCUGAUACAUUCAGAAGCAAACGUCAGCGACGAAGCGUUACUUGAUCCACACUGUGUUGUGCAUCAGUCGGCCGUUAUUGGUAAAGGUACUCGAAUCGGUUCCAACACUGUUAUUGGGCCUUUUGUCUCUAUUGGUGCUGAUUGUAAUAUUGGUUGCAACGUUACGCUUGAAAACUGUCGAGUUGGUGAUCGUUGUGUGAUUCAUAGUGGUGUUCGUGUCGGACAAGACGGAUUCGGUUUUUAUUUUGACGAGAGUCACAGAGUUGUUAAGAAACCACAAACCCUCCAGGUUGUUAUUGGUAACGAUGUUGAAAUCGGAGCCAAUAGCUGCGUUGAUCGUGGAAGUUGGCGAAACACUUUUAUCGGUGAUCACACAAAGAUAGAUAACUUGGUGCAAAUUGGUCACAAUGUUCACAUCCACGGCCCUGCUUUUAUCUGUGGACAAGCAGGUCUAGCUGGCAGUGUCACCUUGGGUAGUUAUGUUCGUCUAGCUGGACGCAGUGGAGUUGUUGAUCAUGUGACGGUUGGGGAUCAUGUUGACAUUGCUGCAUGUUCUAUACUUACCAAGAAUGCACCCAGUGAAAGUGUAUGGGCAGGCUUUCCAGCUCAAGAUAUUCGUUCUUGGAAAAAAGAGCUUUUGGCUAUUCGACAACUCGCAAAAUCAUAUGUUACUGCUAGUCAGCCAGCUCCUAGCAACCCAAAGGUGGAGUUUUCAGGGGAACCUUCGGAUGACAGUCUUUACUGAUAUCUGAAAUGUGCAUAGAAAUUGUU